CUGUUUUGAUGAAAGCAGACGGUAAAAGAAGAAGAGCUCGAGGGGAAAAAAAGGAAAAAAAAGCGGAUAUAUGCUUGAAUAAAGCUUCUUGGGUUUAGUUUAGACUCUCUGGACUCCUAACAACUUCAUAUGCUUAGGAGUAAAGAUGAUUCCUGACAAAUGUGCUGACCAAACGAUGGCUGCCAGUACAGAGCAGAUGGACACAUCGCUCCCUCCUGGAUGGACAAGAGAGACAAGACAACGAAAGCAGGGAAAGACAGCAGGCAGAGUGGACACUUACAUUAUCAGUCCUGAGGGUAAACGCUUCAGAUCCAGGGCAGAACUCCAGAAGUACUUGCUCUCUGAGGAAAGUGUUCAUCUGGAACUGGAUGCUUUUGACUUCACACCAAAAAUCAAAGCACAGUCUCAGAAAUCCAACUCUGAAAGGCCCCAACGAAAAGAACAAAAAGCAGGGAGGAGAAAAGCAAAACAGACAAAUCAAACGACAGAAAGUCAUCCUGGGGUAGCUGUGGGAGAAACGCAAAAUGGAGGGAUACAGAUAGAGAUAGAGACAGAGACAGAAGUGGAGGAGAAGAAGAACAACACAGAAGCCCAGAUGCAGGAAAUAAACAGUAAGGAAGAAGAACAAAAAGACAUCAUGGACGAAACAGAGGAAGCAUCCAGCAGUGUGAGAGAAAACACGUUGCCGGCUGUGCCUCUCAUAAGCGUCCAGGCUACAUCAGACAGCGAAGGAGAGGAUAAAGCGGAGGUGGAGGAGGAGGCGGAGGAGAAAGAAGAAAGCGAUGAAGUGAGUGACAGCCAGAAAAGCUCACCUGUCAGAAACACACAAAAUGGGACAAACUUACUUUCGGAGAAGCGGAGAACCAGUCCAUACUUUAAAAGAAAGAACGACGGUCUCAGUCCUCCAAAGCGUAAAGCGUUCAGGAAGUGGACUCCUCCACGUUCCCCCUUCAAACUGGUACAAGAAACCUUGUUUCAUGACCCGUGGAAGCUUCUGGUGGCCACCAUCUUCCUCAACAGAACUACCGGGAAAUUGGCGAUACCUAUGCUGUGGCAGUUUUUUGAGCGUUACCCAUCUGCUGAGGUAACACGUAACAGUGACUGGAAGCCACUCGCUGAUCUUAUGCAGCCGCUCGGUCUCAACGCCCUACGAGCCAAAACAAUCAUCCGCUUCUCUGAUGAGUACCUCACCAAGUCAUGGCGGUAUCCCAGUGAGCUCUAUGGCAUCGGCAAAUAUGGCAACGAUUCCUAUCGCAUAUUCUGUGUGGGAGAAUGGAGAGAGGUCACCCCAAACGAUCACAAACUGAACAAGUAUCACGCGUGGCUGUGGGAGAACCACAAGCAAUUAGGCAUCUGAUGUUUUGGAGCCUCACAGCACUGUCUUCCUAACUUUUUUAACUUGCCAUAAUUUUAAAUCAGGCCAAGGCAUUAAAGCAAGGGCUGUAUUUUUAGUAACUUCACCGAGGUCUACUGCUAAAGUUAAGCUGAGAAUUAAAAUUCCUUCAAAAAAAUUUCUUUCAAGGUGAAUCUUUUUUUUCUACGCCAGUCCCAGAACAAGCUUGUCCUACUUGUUUUAAUGUAUGAUUGUAAGGUUCCAUGUUCUGCUUUUCAAACUUUUAACCUUGUGAUAUUUCACUUGGCCUUUUCAAUAUGCACAUAAAUGCAAGGCAGCUCUUCUUUUUCAUGUGAUAGUUUUAAUUUUGGCCCGUUUCACACACUUUAGAAGAAUAAAGAACAGGUUGAAACUGAACUUCUUGCAGAUAACCUGACCUCGCUGGGCUCACAAACAUGAGCUCAAAGCAUGCUGGGGAAAUUAGUGAACCUUUCCUUUAAUAUGGUCCUUAUAGGAAAAAAAAAUAUGUGUAUAGUACGUGUAUUGAUGUGUGUACAUUUGAAGGUUUUUUAUUUAUGUCAUGUUUUCGAUCCCAUUGGGUUGAACAGUCAUAAUCAACUUGUUAUACUAUACAUUUUUUAAAAUAUUCAUGUAAUAAAGUGGCCAAAGUCUU